UACUGCCCCUCGCCUCACCUCACCUCACCUCGCUUCGAGCGCGCCGCGGGAAAACCCUCGACCGAGCUUCCAGAUGCUUCCAGAAGUUUCCAGAGGACGGCGCCGCCCCGAGAUGGCCCCGGCCUCCGCCUCCGCCUCCGUGGCCCCUCCCGUCGGCGCGCGCUGCGCCGUGUGCCGCGGCGUCGACAUCUCCGUCCCCCACCAGGCCAACUGCUCCCACUGGUUCUGCGGACAUUGCAUUGUGGGGGUGUGGCUACAGGGAUCUGUCCUUCGGCCAUCCAAUUGCCCUGUUUGUCGUCGCCCCAUAACGCUGCUGGUACCAUCUGAAGUUGCUUCCCUGCUGCGUGAUGAGCCAGAAAUCGCUCCUGUCAUGAACCGAAUUGAGCAGUACAAUGGCCGUUUUGCUGGAGUACCUCACAGUAUGAUUCAGUGGUUGCUGGACCAGCCCUUUUACAUGAGGAGGAUGCUGGCAGAAUUCAGAGACACACGCCAAGAACCUCCCUCCUCCUUCAAAAUCCAAGUCGCAUUGGCAGCAACCCUCGCUCUGGUGUACCUCGCAAGCCCUAUAGACCUUUUCCCUGAAGCUUUCCUGGGGUACCGUGGUCUGCUGGACGACAUCCUGGUGCUCAUCGUCGCGUACGCCUUCAUCUCCGCCGCCUACCGGGACAUCCUCGUUGCCCGACACGCCGUGUGAACUGGUUGGUUGGUAUGAUGCCAGCAGUUACUGACUGACGGAUACAGGGAACUGAACUUGGUGAAAGCAACAUAGUGAGUGAUGUGUACAGCAUAUAUACUUUGACUUUGGGUGGUAAUCUCGUUCUGGUAGAUACGUCCGCACGAUCCGUCGGGCUCAAGCUAUAUUGCUGGGUUAGGGUCUUGGGUUCGAGAUUCAUAUGCCAUGCACGUGUCCGAGUGCUCAAAUGUUAGGUCGGGAGAUAUAUAGUGUAGAUCUCUUUGACAGUAUGCGUGUUUCCUGAAUGACUCGUAACCAUCCCAGCUCAUGUCAUAGUGCUACAGUUGGAUCUUAGGGAUCGUCUCCCUGGAUCGAGCACAUGCCAUUGUAAUGUUGAAUGAUAGGUCUGUUGGACAUUAUAAUGUCCAAACAUUGCGGGUUUCUAAAUCUACUCGGUACUAGUGUCCAAA